GCCCAAUUACAAGAGAAAUCUCGGUCAAGAGUCCAAUAUUUUUCCCAAAUCGCGCGUCUCUCUCAACUGGUAUUUCUCAAAACCCUUUUCUUCUUCUUUGCUGAUUUCACGCCCAAAAAUCGAGCAGAACACCAUCGUCUCAAUACAUCAUCUCCUCCUCAGUUUUAAUCGAUCAGAAGCGCAGCCCCUUCAUCGCCUUCAACCAUCGCGGAUGUCGGCGAGCCCUUUUCCUUUUUGCCGUGAGUUCCAGCGACGCCAACAACGCACCUAGCACACCCAUCCCGUCAAUCGUCCAGCAGCCGGCGACCUUGGUUCAGCAACGAUUCCGUCCGACCAAGUCAAGGUCACCUUGCCAUCGCCACUUAACAUCACGUGAGUCGGGAGUUUCAAGCAGUCGGACCCUGUUCGAAAUUUCAGACCCCGUCACCCUGCCUUGUUCAAUUCGCGAGUCGUCGGUCCUGCCGGAUAAGAAAGCACGAAGCCAUCGCCAUUUAGCAUCCUUUCUCUCAGAAUCAAUACUGACGCCUCCAACCCUCAAAACAGCCGCACUCCCCUCUGCUCAACAUCACCGAGCAGCGUCUUCAUCCUCCCCGACGACAUCGAGCAGGUUCCGUCCAUUCUUCGUCAUCGCACGUAGCACGGCGGAUCGUGCUCUGUCCGUGCGAGAAGAAGGGUUCACGAGCAGCAACCUCGCCGAAGGAGUCCCGUACGCCGUGCGUUCGAACAGAUUCAAGGAGCCGAGCAUCACGCAUAUCAUCCCCGUUCGUUGGCGUUCGAGCAGAGUAGAGCCGUGACCACCGAUCGGCAGCAACUCCACGACGGCGGGGGAUUUCGAAUAGCAGCAGCCCCGUUGGCCGUUGCUCGCCUAACAGCAGGCCGUUCACUCGGCCAAGGAGGAGUCGACGGGCAGCAGCGGUCCUUUUUCCGACGAGCAGCAGCCCUUUCGGGCUCGUGCGAGAAGAACAAUGGGCAGCCCUUUUGCCGUGAGGGUUAGCAGCGAGACGAGCGAUUAGCCGAGGCCCGUUUCAUCCCAUCUCUUUCAUUCGUUCUCGUUUAGUUUCCCUAAGGAGGUUGAGGAUGUCCCAUAGAAGAGAGAGGAGUGACAGUAGGUACUCUGAGCUACAAGAUUUAGGGGAUAGGUACUAUAAAGAAUUGAGAGAUGGAAAAGUCAGAAUCGAUGGUGCUGGGAGAUAUCACCGUUGUCCAUAUUGCCAUAACUCUCGGAUGAAAGAGUAUAAUCACGUGGACUUAGAAAGACACGCGUCUAGAAUUGGUAGAGACUCAAAAAGUGCAAGUUUUCGAGACAAAGCUAGACAUCUAGGAUUGCUCGGGUACUUGGGUCGGUAUAGGCAUAGGAAAAGGAAGCCAUCCCCAGCACAUAAUCCUAAACUUUCAGAUGCCAAAGGAAAAUCUUUUGAAGUAGCUAAAGAAAACGUGUUUGAGAGAACUGAUGUUGACGAUACACUCAUCCGUACUGAACUUGGGGAAACGAAGGCUGAACAAUAUGAAACGAAGAUAAAAAAAGGAAAUAUAGCUGCUGAAGUUAAUUAUCCAGACAUUGACCAGGGUGAAAUAACUAAUGGAUCUGAACAUUUUGGUAUGAUCAACAAAGCUACAUCAGCAAAUUCUGGUGAAGAAGUUUUCAAACAGCCUUUGCAAUCUAAAUCUCGUGCAACUGUUAAGCGAAGUGUUGAUAAAGGUGAUGAUGAGCAUAUUGUUUGGCCUUGGAUGGCAGUUAUUGCAAACAUUCCAGUUGAGAAAAAGGAGGGGAAAUAUGUUGGUCAAAGUGGUGGAAAACUGAAAGAGCACUUAUGUACCCAUGGGUACAAUCCUAUAAAGGUUCACCCUUUGUGGAACUACCAGGGCCACUCAGGGUUAGCUAUUGUUGAAUUUAACAAAGAUUGGGAGGGUUUUAAGGAUGCUAUGGCAUUUGAAAAGGCAUUUGAAGUGGAUCGUCAUGGAAAGAGAGAUUGGCAUCAGAGAAGUUAUAGAGGAAAUGAGUUAUUCGGCUGGCUAGCCCGUGAGAAUGAAUAUUAUGAGAAUGGUCUUAUUGGUAAACACCUAAGGAAGAAUGGAGACUUGAAGACGCUUUCUGAUAUCCAAUUGGAAAAUAGAAGGAAAGACACCUCUUUAAUGUGCAGUUUGACUAAUCAGUUGGAGUCAAAGAGAAUGGAAUGCGAGGAGAUAAAGAAGAAUAUUAGUAAGACUGAUCUUUUUAUGGGAAAUAUUAUGAUGCAAAAGGAAGAGAUGAUCCAAAGCUACAAUGAAGAGAUCCAGAAAAUGCAGGAUAUUGCAUCUGAUCAACUCCGCAAGAUUUCUGAGGAGCAAAAGAGAAGCAAAGCGGAAUUGGAGGCUCAGAGAGUAAAAUUAAAGCUGCGGACGACAGAACUGGAGAAACGUCGAGCGCUGAAUGAGAAUGAGAAGAGGAAUCUGGAUAAACAAAAGAAGAAGAACGAGUUGGCAAUUAUAGAACAAAAGAAGGCUGAUGAAAAAAUGCUGAAUCUUGCAGAAGAACAAAAGAGACAAAAGGAACUUCUUCACAAAAAGAUUAUAGACCUCGAGUCAAAGCUUGAUAAGAAGCAAGCGCUAGAGUUGAACAUAGAGCGUAUGAGAGGUGCAAUUGAGGUGAUGAAACACAUGAGUACUUGUGAAGAAGAAGAUUUGGAACUGAAGAAAAAGUUGGAAGCAAUCGAAGAAGAGCUUAAUGAUAAAGAAGAAGAACUUGAUGGCAUGGAAUCUGUAAAUCAAGCUCUAAUUAUCAAGGAGAGAAAGACCAAUGACGAGCUGCAACAAGCUCGCCAGCAAUUAUUAAGUGUUUUCAACGACAGCCGCGCCAAUAUCUGUGUGAAGAGGAUGGGAGAGCUUGAUGAAAAGCCAUUUGUCAAAGUGGCGAACAUAAAACAUGGUGGUGAAGAUGCAAAAGCCAAAGCAGCAGAACUCUGCUCCUUGUGGGAAGAUUACCUCAGGGAUCCAAGCUGGCAUCCGUAUAAGAUGGUCGUGGAAGGAGAAACUUGCAAGGAGAUACUUGAUGAAGAUGAUGAAAAGUUGAAAGAACUGAAAACCGAAUUGGGAAACGAAGUGUAUGAGGCUGUGACGACUGCACUGAAUGAGAUGAACGAAUACAAUCCAAGUGGUCGGUAUCCUGUAAAAGAGCUUUGGAAUUCCAUCGAGAAAAGGAAAGCUCCACUGAGAGAGGGAAUUGAGUAUUUACUUAAACAGUGGAAGAUGCACAAAAAACCAAAACGGCAAUUAGACCCAAUAGUCCCACCGCCGACACGGCGACGUCGCUACCUUCGACUCCCCCAACCAAUCUACUCCACGACUUUAUCCACCGCCGACUACUGCCGUAUUUUCAUCGGCGACUUCCUCGAGGAGCUCGAGAACCGCGUCGACGUCCUGACCUUAUCCAACGACGGCAGUGUCAGCGAGAACAACGAUGAACGGAACUUUACCUCUGGCGAGAAGAGCGAUUUCGAGGUGCCCGUGGUGUACGGUGGAGGCCAGAUCUGGACGAUGGAAAAAAGGGUCUGA